GUGUUCAUCUUUCGAGCAAAAGGGAAAGUAGUCAGGGGAGCGUACGAUUAACUCGUUUGAGUUAGCAUGACACCAAAAUAUUUUGGAGAUACCUUGCAGCUAAGAUUCGCUGUUCUAGAAAUGGCAUAAUCACCGCUCCCCCUCUUUUCCUUUCCCAACAUGCCUGUGUGUGUCACGUCUAGACGUGUCCCCGAUUCUCUUUGGAACGCAGUCGGUGCUAGAAUUCCGGCCUUAGAACGUAGCGUGUCCCUGCGCUCGACGGCCUUCCUGCAGUGAAGGUCUUGACGUUCGAUUUUAGAAUCUUAGGUGACCCGAGCAUUCUGCGGCGCAUCAGCUGAUCAAAAUGAGUAGCCUCGGCGGCGGGGAGCAGAGUGUCGGACAGGAGAGCAGCGCGGGCAGUUCCCUCCGCACGUACCCGAAGUUGCCAGUUUGGGUGGUGGAAGAUCAUCACGAGGUCCUUCCUUUCAUUUACCGAGCUAUUGGCUCAAAGCAUCUUCCUGUUAGCAACAUCAGUUUUGUCCAUUUGGACUCCCAUCCAGAUCUUCUUAUACCAGUGAACAUGCCUGCAGAUACUGUGUUUGACAAAGAAACUCUGUUUAGUGAGCUAAGCAUUGAAAACUGGAUUAUACCUGCUGUUUAUGCUGGUCAUUUUUCACAAGUGAUAUGGCUGCAUCCAGCUUGGGCUCAGCAAAUAGAAGAAGGAACUCAUAAUUUUUUAGUGGGCAAAGAUACCUCUACUACUACGAUAAGGGUUACAAGCACAGAUGCUUACUUCCUUUCUGAUGGUCUUUAUGUCCCUGCUGGUCAGCUGGAGAACAAAAAAUCUUUACAUCUGAGUGUCUGCCUUGUGAAUCCCUCCAAAGCUGCUGGCGAUUGGGAAGGCAACCAAGCUCCACUUUCUGCCAAGAAAUGCAAAUUAAGCGUGGAUGACCCUGGGGAUGCCUCUUCAUCAAAAGACCCUGGUGACCUGACCCAGAGUUGCACAGAUGGGCUGUCUGACAGCUGUGAAAAGAGAAUCUCUGUCCAUGAGAAGCCAAGCAAGUUCCAGGUUCCCGGUGGAUCUGGUUCCAUUGGAAAACACCCAUGUCAAAUGACAGAACUUGUCAAAGACAUUCUCCAAGUGCUGCAGAAGAGCACUGCUUAUGUUUUAGAUAUUGACUUGGACUUCUUUUCGGUUAAGAAUCCUUUCAAAGAAAUAUACACUCAGGAGGAAUACAAACUCUUACAAGAACUGUACAGUUUUAAGAAGCCUAAAAGCAAUUUAUCAGAGGAGGAGUUGCUCGACUGUGUUGAGAGUCGCACACACCAGUUGGAAGAUCUAGAAGCAGCUUUUGCUGAUUUAUGUGAUGAUGACACUGAAGAAAAUCUGAAAAGAUGGGCUGCAAAUCCUGGAAUGAAACCUCUAGUUCAACUUGUACAUAAUUUGAAAGAUCGAAUGGGUACUCCAGAUUAUGAGAUGGUCCAUCAAGCUGGCCUUACAUGUGAUUAUUCAGAAAUUCCUCACCAUGUUAGUACUGAAGAGGAGAUAGAGAGUUUUAUACAGUCUAUACAACAUCUCUUGGGAAGCUUACCAAAACCAACACUUGUGACCAUAGCCCGGUCCAGCUUGGAUGACUACUGCCCUGCAGAACAAGUUGAGUUCAUACAAGAGAAGGUCUUGAAUGUCCUGCAUUUGGUAUAUGGCACCUUGGAUGUUCAUUUGGAGUACUUGGAAAAUUUAUGUCCCACUGGAACGGAUUUUUCAUCUACAGCAUAAUCAGUGUGGCUGUAGCCUAUGGGCGUAAAAAAACCUGAUAUUACAAAAGUAGUAUUUCUUCUUUCUAUGGAGUGGAAUCCUUUACAGAAGUAUUUAUGAAGCUGGAUUGAGUAUGUGAGCACUUACUUGAUGAUACUUGUUCUCCCAACUCAUUUUUCUUUUUUAAAUUGAAUUGUUUUGCUGCUAUUGCUCUAUAGGGGGUUCCCCCCCCCUUAUUAUUUUGCUUAAGGAUGUGACAUAGAAAUUUUGCUUUUCCUAAUGUGGGAAAGAUAGCAGAAAAAUAAAUUUCCACUCUUGUUUGUAUCUGGUUGCCAUAAAAAGCAAGGCAUAGCUGUCAGACACUACAACUGUAUGUUGUAGGGAUGUGAAAACAUUCAAAUUCAAACCAUUUCAAGUUGAAAAUAUCCAUCCUGAGCAUGAAACGCACCUUCCCCAAAUGUGAUACAAGAUUGUCUCAAGCAUUUUGAAGGUGUUUUGGAUCAAAGUAGGAUAUUUUGCACUUGAAAUAGAAUGGUUUCAAGGUUUCAGAGUGCCUGAUACUUGAAAUGGUUGUUUUGUACUCAAGAUUGGCAUUCCAAACUUGGAAUCGGGGUUUUCAGGUUCAAAAUCUUUAAUGCAGGUUCAAAUACGAUAUAUACUUUUUCACUUCUGGAAUACGAUACAUUUGAUGGCAGCGAGAGUCCUAGUAUUGUCUUCCCUUGUCUUACAAAACUUAGAUCAGUGAUUCUCAAAUUGUAUUGAAGAGAGAGAACAAUUUUAUUAUCAAGGUUAAUAAUAAUAAUACCAAUUUAUUAAAUUUAUACGCCACCUGACUCCCAUUACAAUCAUGUGUGACCUCUGAAUGAAAUGGUGGAGAAUUUAAAGCAUGUCAUGAUUUAAUCAAGUAUAUGGAAGCCAGAAGCCUUAUUUCCCUCCUUUCAGACAGGUAGGAUAGGCCCAGAGAAUAGUGGGUGCGUUAAGGCCAGAAGACUAAAUACCAUAUUCAACUAGAACUUUCAAAGUACAAGUGAAACAAAGGCAGGAGAUACUCCCUGGUGCUAUGAUUUGAUUUCCUACUGCUUUUCUCCUUUUGUGCUUUCAAAACCUGCCCUAUAGGGUAUCUUAGUCUUCUAGAACAGGGGUGAGGAGAUCAGAGGUCAGGAGGUAUGUUUUUCUGGAAAUUAAACAGCAUUGGAUCCAAGUUAGGAAUGUAACUGAUAGCAUUUGUAUCCUUUGCUGAGACAACGAAAACCUAUUGCUUAGUCCCAUAGAAAUGCUCUGCUAAUGAUUAGUGAUUAGUGUUGAAUCACUAAUCAAGUAGACUUCACUUUUGAUCAAGAAAAGCUGCAAAAAGUUCCAGGUAGUAAAAUGGAGAUAAUGGAGAAUAUAUCAGCCAUCAUAGUACCAUUAUCCUAAUAUCUUUUUCUGUUUAAUUAACAGCUCCCUAAAAUAAAUGAAGAUUGAUUCAUCUACUUCAGAGGGGGGGUAUGUAAGUUGCUGCACCAAUGUACCUUAUGAUUUACCAUUUAAGUAAAGUACUGUUACCUUUGAAAGAGAAAAAUCUAGCCAGAGUGUCAUCUUUUGAUGAAAUUAUUAUUCUAUAAACUUUAAAAAAAAAAAAAA